AGUGCUAAUCAGGGCGGACUGACCAUUUGGAAACUUGGGCACUGCCCGAGGGCCCGGGGUCAGUAGGGGGCCCCAUGAGAUGCCCCUGGUACCUUUUUCAUAGGCUUUUUUUAGUUUGGGCAAGGACACAGGGGACCCAGGAUCCCCUAUUGCCCGGGGGCCCCAUGAAUUGUCAGUCUGCCCCUGGUGCUAAGCCUGAUUGAGCAUCAGCAUUUCCAUGUACAAUAAAAGGACAUUAAAAAAUCUAAAUAAUUCCACGCUAUGG